CUACACCGGCCAGUUAUGGCACAGUCCCAACAGGAUAAAGUUGAAUAGCCCGGAUCAUCAGAGCGUGAAGGAACAAAAGCUUAUUAUGAUUCAAGAGGGUGGAAACGGCGACGUCACGUCUUUCAAUAAACCACACACAAUGGCCUAAAGUGUAUUGCACACAGCGGUUCCAUUAUAUGUUCCGUCUCCUGUGUGUUAUGAUCUGUACUGUCCGGAAUGCCAGGAGUUUCGGCGUUAUUAUAGCAGCGAUCGUCUACCAUCGUGUACCGUCACUAUUUAUCUUGCGUAUGUCAGUAUGCCACUUGUUUGAAUUGGAACAACCUUAACCCAAUGGUACAACACACUGCGGUCGCUUGGAUCAUUGUACAAACACAUCCAUGCAUGCCACUGACACGACACAGGUAUGAUUGUAUAGUAACCAUCAACUGCACCGCCGAUCAAGCAUCGAUGGGAUAAACAUACCAGUAUUCUUACUUCCAAGUUCCAGGCUUAAUGUGUUGCCAAUUUCUAACUCCGAUGGUAAUUACUGGUCGUAAUUUGUGGCAAAUUUAAGCGAUAAUGACUCUCUUCACACCAUGAAGGAACAAAAACUACAUUGGAGAUGUAGAUUGAAAUGUGUGCGAGCGCAGUGAUUUCACGCAGCGCAUCACAUGGAAACAGCCGUAAACAACACUGAACCGUCGUGACCUUAACCUGGGCAAUAAAACCAUAAAGGCAACCUGCAAGGAUUACCCGAGUACGGUUGUGGAGUUAUAGACUAUCCGGUGUAAAAUCCGGGAGGAUCAGUUUUCAACCAACUGACGACCGAAGACAUUGAUGUCUUCCCAGAGUUUCCGGAGCACGGUUUGAAGAUGGAGAAUAUUUCGACAACAGUGGAGGCAUUUGUAGCAACCACUGACGCCGAUAACUCCUCGGCAGUGGAUACGUAUUUUAUCGAGUUCUCCCCGUACUUUGUGGUUCUCAACACCGUGUACUAUGUGGUCCUUGGCCCCGUGGCAAUCAUUGGGAACAUUCUAUCGGUGACAGUGUCCCACCGAAUACUACGGUUUCGCAAGAGCAUACCGGACAUGCUGACUGGUUGCCUGGCUGCUGUCGACUUGCUCUGUGUGAUAUCCACGCAUACCCCAGCGGUCAUCUCUCUAGCAGAGGGUCGCUGGGUCGGCGGUUCACCAGUCUGCUCCUACCAGUACUUCAUGGCCUGGUCCUGCUUGAAAACCUCCUUCUUCACCAUCAUUCUACUAACCGUAGACCGGUUCCUCGCCUUAACGAAACCCUUCUACUAUCGGGCCAAGGUGACUCCUCGUAAGAUGAAGAUCGCCUUGGCUUGUCUUACCAUCUUCAGCUUUGCCAGCACCUCUGUCACCAUCAUCUGGUUCUCCUCGGAGAUCACCCUCUUGCCAAACUGGUACCUCUGCAUGAACACGUGGGGCAAAGGCAACCAGUAUUACAGCUACAUACUGGCGUUUUACGGACUGACUUUCAUCGUCGGUGUCAUCAUCUUCAACGUGUGUAACACUGGCAUCGUUUGCUCUUUGAUGAGACACAACAGAAGGAGUCAACAGAUGAGGCUUCGGGUGCUCUCAGCUGCUCAAGACCGCCGCGAAAGGCGAGUGGCCAAGGUCAUCGAGACGUUAUCGGCUCUCUUCAUGCUCUUCUGGAUGCCCUAUUUGGUGUUUAUUGUCCUGCACCAGACGAACCUAUUGUACAGCGAGUUCGCAGAGGACCUCGCCAUCCGAAUCCUGUUCGCCAACACGCUUCUCAACCCGGUGAUAUACGGUCUGUUUAACAGGACGUACCGUAAAGCAUACAUAUAUUUCGUCCGGAAACUUCUCUACUUUGCCCUAUGCGGAAAGAUUAAGAAACCGAAAGUUUGGACUGGUAGAGAGAGCACGUUAAGCAGAGGAUCUGCAAAGCGGGUCAAACCGAGUCAUGAGCGGAAAAUCUUCUUCCUUCGGCGGUCCUACCUCCAGCACCGAUACGCAAGGAAGACCCACUCCCACCGACCACGCGGCCAAGCGGCGGGCGGUGCGUCAGCUGAAGCCGACCCGCCCAUGAACGGCAAUCCGCCACAGAUCAUCGGCGCCACGCCAUUGGAUGCCGAGCUCGACCUGUCACUCGGGGAACUCCGCGAUUUCGCCUUGGACAACAUCGGUUUCACCUUGGACUCCGAAGAGGACCUCGUCGGAGCUAGUGAGGACGAUGAGGGGAUCUUCUCCAUCAGCAAAAGGGAGGACACUGAAAGGCGGAUGAACGGUUGGGUUACGGAACCAAACGGGCACCUUAAUAAUGGCACCGAGGUAGAUGCAGAGAAGUUGACGUCCUCGGAAGGACACGUUUACUCAGCAUUCACAAACACGAUCAGCGAGUCAACAUGGCUUUGACAAUUUGUUUGGACUUCUUGACCCUAAAACUACCAGACCUGGAAAUUUACAACCAUUCACCAACUCAAAUUGUGAUCCGUGGACAGCACUUUAAAACAGUGGUUGUGUUUAAAAGUCCGUAACUUGAAAAGUACAUGAGUAAUUUGAAUGAUUCCUGUACUAAGAGAA